AUGUCAGUGGUACAGGGUCAGAAUGACUGGGGAGUGACUUACACUCCUACUAAGAUCUGUGCCUUAAAAGGAUCAACAGUGGACAUAAGCUGCACCUACAGAUACCCAUCCUGGAUAAAUUAUGUUGAGAAAACAUUCUGGUAUACAAAAAAGAUUAUUAAUAAAGAACCAGUAGAUCUGAAAACAGACUCAGAGUACAGAGGUCGUGUGCAGUAUCACUGUAAUAAGAACGACUGCACUCUGAGAAUCACAGACCUGAGAGAGAGCGACUCAGCUGUGUACAAGUUCAGGUUCAUAACAAACCAAGACAGAGGGAGAUAUACUGGUGAACCUGGAGUCACUUUGACUGUUGCAGUUGAUCCAGGCGUCCAAGUGCAAGUUAGACCAUCUUCACCCACCAGGACAAAGCUGACAUGUCACAGCAAUUGUCGGCUGCGUGUUCAACCUUCUUACAUCUGGUACAAGAAUGGCACACCAACUGAGGAGAGGACAGCUUACUUUUAUCCGGACCAAAUUAAUCCUGAUGACUACUACUCUUGUGCUCUAUCAGGAUACGAUUCUUCCCGCUCUCCUUCAGUGUAUGCCCCAAAGCUUCCCUCUGUGUCAGUGAGUCCCUCUGCUGAGAUAGUGGAGGGCAGUUCAGUGACUCUGACCUGUAGCAGUGAUGCUAACCCAGCAGCUAAUUACACCUGGUACAAGAGUACAGUUUCUAAAGUGAUGACACAAGGUCGACAGCUUGUCUUCAGCUCCAUCCAGUCCUAUGACUCUGGAGAGUAUAACUGUACAGCUGAGAACCAGCUGGGGAAGAGGACAUCUGAAUACAUUAUUGAUGUGAAAUAUGCUCCAAAGCUUCCCUCUGUUUCAGCAAGUACCUCUGCUGAGAUAGUGGAGGGCAGUUCAGUGACUCUGACCUGUAGCAGUGAUGCUAACCCAGCAGCUAGUUACACCUGGUACAAGGAGAACCAAAUACUGCAACAAGGACCAGAAGGAAUUUAUUAUUUCACUUCCAUUAGCUAUAAAGACAGAGGGUUCUACCACUGCAAGUCUAAGAAUGAUUAUGGCCAGAUCAACUCUUCAUCUCAUUUCAUUGAUGUCCGCUAUGCUCCAAAGCUUCCCUCUGUGUCAGUGAGUCCCUCUGCUGAGAUAGUGGAGGGCAGUUCAGUGACUCUGAGCUGUAGCAGUGAUGCUAACCCAGCAGCUAGUUACACCUGGUACAAGGAGAACCAAAAGCUGCCUUCAGGACCAGGAGGAAAAUACAAUUUAUUUUCAGUCAGCUCUAAAGACAGCGGGAUCUAUUACUGCAAGUCUGAGAAUCAGUAUGGACAGAUCAACUCUACAUCUCUAUUCAUUGAUGUCUGGUAUGCUCCAAAGCUUCCCUCUGUGUCAGUGAGUCCCUCUGCUGAGAUAGUGGAGGGCACUUCAGUGAACCUGACCUGUAGCAGUGAUGCUAACCCAGCAGCUAAUUACACCUGGUACAAGGAGAAUGAAGACUCACCAAAAGCAUCAGGACAGAUCUUCACCAUCACUGAUGUCAGACUUGAACACAGUGGGAAUUAUUACUGUGAAGCCCAGAACAAAAGAGGACGUCAGUACUCCACCUUACAUUUGGCUGUUGCAGCAGUUAACUUGAUGUACAAUGUUCCUAUGAGCCAAACAAACAAAGGCAUUUAG